CGCGUGCGCACUGGGCCUGUUUAUUUAUUAUUAGUGCGCGGAGGGAAGAUGGCGGCGUCCUCCCUGGAACAGAAACUCUCGCGUCUGGAGGCGAAACUCAAACAAGAGAACAGGGAGGCGCGACGGAGGAUCGAGCUGGAGAUCAGCCCGCAGCGUCCCAGGCCCAGUAAGGAUCCCAGGGGGCCACAGGCGACCAGGGUUUAUUAAAUGUGACAGGGGCCCUGAGUGAGAGACAGUGGUGGUAAUGGUGGGGGGGGAGGGGGAUGCAAGCUGUUUGCUGGGGCCGCUCGGCAGGAGACAUAGACAGGUAUGCCAGGUGCAGUGGUUAUGGUUAGAGAGGGGGUGGGGGGGGCAUUGAGAAUGGAUAAAUAGGACUGUCUGAGUCAGGGAUGAUGGCUAACCUCUGGCACUGGAUCUGCUGUGGAUUCUGUUUCCUUUAAUGCUAAGCCAUCAUUAUUCCUUGCUGAGCAUUGUGAGGAAGGGAGUCCCCCAGCACCAUGUGUGGCUAGGGUUUGUAGAUCCAUCAUGUUUGCUUCACCAAGGUGAGCAGUGUGUGAAAAUCUCUGCUAUUGUAAUGUCUAUAUUAGGGGGGGAGGGGGUGUCUGUCAGGUCAGGAUAGUGUGUUUUGGGAUUCUUGAUACCCUAUCAUUAUGUAUGUUGUAUCUGAAUAUUACGUACUGCAGGGUUGCACUGUUUAUGCACUGCCCUAUUGCAUGCAAGGAUGAUAAAUGUCAAGAAAAGAGAUGAGGUGAGCUAGAUUUCACAUUGCGUGUCAAUAUUCUAAGCUAAAGUAUGGACAAUACUGUAAGGGAACGCGCGCGCACACACAAUGCCAAAAUACCAGAGUAUUGCAGUAUGCAAUGAUAACUUUUUUUUUUUUUAUUUUUUUUUUUUAAUUGGACUAACAAUAAUUAAAAUACAAGCUCUUCUCCGGUCUGAAGCAAGAAAAACUCGCGAAAGCUGAGAUAUUUGACUUUUAAAUAUUGUUAGUCCCAUAACAAAAGGCAUUAUUGCAUACUGCAAUACUCUGGUAUUUUGGCUUCUUGUCUACUGGACUAAUAACGCUAAUUCAGUCUACACUACAUAUAUUCAUGGAUGUGGCAGCCUGCUCAAAAAAAAAAAACAUAAAGCAAAAAAACUCUUUUGUACCUGGGUGCUUUCCAGUGCGAUACAGUAAAGGAAAAAAAUUACUUGAUUUUCAAACAAAUUCAGCGUGUGUUAGGUGGACAGCAAAAUGUACACAUCGAACUUGCUGUAUCUUUAUCAAGAAAUGUUGGUUAGCUGAUGGUCAUAUCAAGUCAGUAGCUCCCCAGUCAUUAAAUAAAAAUAAUUAAUUUUAAUAAAUGAGGAGCUGCUGUUUAGCUUAGAGUAUCAGCUAACUGCUGUAAGUCAAUCAGCGGUGCCCCUGCCCAGCAUCCAGGUGUCAAUGGGGGCAGUGAGGAACAGCACCAAAGAGCCAACUUUGGGGUUAAACGGUUUGUAAAUCGUUUAGCUUUUGCAUGUAAGGCAGGGCUUGACAAAUUUGCUUGGAAUCUAGGCGCUAGCAAAAAGUUAGGAGCCAGGUUUUUCAAUGUCAAAAAUACAAUUCUUAAACCCCUUUUCCAUGUGAUUGGAGGGGGACUAGUCAUCUAAACACACUCACUCAUGCGCACUCACUGACUGACCCACACACCCGCUGUCACUGCAAUAAUCACACACAUUUAUGUGACCACCCUCCCUACCUGGGUUCAUCUAUCUCCCUGCACUGCCCCAUAGAGUGCUGUUUAGUGAUGCAGGAGCCAGAAUAACAUCAUAUUCCGACUCCCAGCAUCACUGGAGGGCGCGCGAAGGAGCAGAGCAGGGAGGUUAUUACAACUCCUUCACGCGCCUGCCUGUCUGCCUCAAACCUGCAGGAGCCUGUGCACACGCCAUCGCUCUCACUCACAAGGCUGCUCACCCACGCUCUUACUGAGCUUGCUCACCGACCACCCACACGCACGCCCAUGCUCUUUAUGAGCAUGCCGGCCAACAACCUCCACAAAUAGACAGCUGGCCACCUCGGGGGAUGAAUGUGUCAGCAGAUGCCAGGACAAAAAUCUUAGUCGACCUGGCGCUUGGGAGUUGUCGAGGCCUGAUGUAAGGAAUGGCAAGGGUCUUCAUUUGAUGGGGUUGAUAAAGAAGUGGCAUUGUGUUUAGUAUAGUUUAAGAGAUUACUCCAGGCACACAAAGCACUAUGUUCUAUGGCAAGACCAACGUUGGGAAAAGGUGAGUAAAAUCACUUUUAAUAUCUGGAGAGGGGGCCAGGGACCUAGUGCUGCAUUUCAGCACUAUAGUGUCAGGAAUACAUGCUUGUAUUCCUGACACUAUAGUGUUCAUUGAAAGUAUACACCUGUAAUAAAGGGGAAGGGCUUGCUUGCAAAGGCUGCAGACAGGUGGUCUACAGCUUUUGUAAGUGUACCCUCAAAGAAAAUAUGCAAGAAAAAAAAUACAUGCAUGUUUUCUUAGGGGUAUAUGUAUUUAUAUAGUAAAAUACGUAUAUAGUUUUAACCCCUUCAGCCCAGCGGGAGGGGGGUCCUGAGAGUGGAGGUGACCCAAGGACUAUAUAGUGCCAGGAAAACUGUGCCAGGAAAGUUUGUUUUCCUGGCACUAUAGUGGUACUUUAAACAUGGCUGCAUGUACAAUAAAGAUAUUCAUUAUGCUAGAUGUGCACUGCAGGGAGCAUAUAUAGUAUAUUUUUUUGAGAAUCCAUAUAACUUAGUGUUUCCACUUAUGUAAUGUGUCCCAUGAAAUAUCAGUUAAUUUAGUUGUAUUAUGCUAAAUCUUUGCCUCUAAGAAUGGUAUAGUCAAAGUUGUGAAUUGAAGCAAAUUAUUGGUUUGUUUUAUUUUUUUCCCCUCCCUUUAAGAGAGCAGUCAAAGAUCCAUAAUAACUACUACAUAUUGAUGCAUCAGUGAUAGUUAUAUUAGGCCUCCAAAAUUAUCCCCCAGGUCUGGGUACCUGAUGCACCCACAUCCAAGCCCCUCAAUGGUUUACAUGAUGACGGAUGUUGCUAAAGCAGAACUUAUUUAGGGACUACCAGUUUUAGUUAAACUGCCUAUAAACACUUUGAGCAAGAACUGAGAUAAAAACCAGUGUAGUAGCACCUUAGCAGCGAUAUCCGCAUUAGGGGAUUGCUGAGCUUUAAUUAAAGGGACACUGCAGGCACCCAGACCACUUCUGCCCAUUGGAGUGGUCUGGGUGCCACCUCCCACCAGCCUUAACCCUGCAAGUGUAAUUAUUGCAGUGCUUAUAAACUGCAAUAAUUACCUUGCAGGGUUAAGUCCUCCUAUAGUGGCUGUCUAUCAGCCAGCCACUAGAGGGACUUCCGUGUUCUUAGAACCAGAAAAGUGAUUUUGUGUUUUCGUGCUAUGCAUGAGGAACUCCAGCAUCGCCAGAAUCCCCAUAGAAAAGCAUUAAAUAAUGUUUUCCUAUGGGGAGGUCUAAUGCGCAAUAGGUCUCCCCCGCCGGCAGACGACGGUGGGGAAGAGCAUGGGCGGAGCCUGGCCCAGCGCCGAGGGAUUCGGGUAAGUCACUGAAGGUGUUUUUAACCCCUUUAGCAACAUGGGAGGGAGAGGGGCACUGCAGGAUCCUGCAGUGACAGGAAAACGGAUAUGUUUUCCUGGUACUGGAGAGUCCCUUUAUCCCUUCAAAUGACCUUUUAGUGAAAUGUUUGAUUAUCCAAAGGGCCUAAUGAGUAGUAAGGCUCUACUUAGCCUGUGUGACUUAGACUGGGUUCCAGAAUUUUGUGUUUUGUUUAAAAUGUUUUGCAGCUUUGCGGUUAGAUCCAAGAUUACAAUUAGAACGGUGAUUACAAAUGCAGAAUGUUUUUUAAUUUUCCAUGAUGAAGGGAUAUAGUUGUGUUUGGUAAAUGUAUGGAGAAAAUAUAAGUUGCAAUUGAGGAACCCCUGCUGGUAUUUAACUGGAAACCUUUUUAAUGGUAAGGUUGGAAUAGUUUGGGGAACAGUUUUCAUCUCUUGUGGUCUUUGAAAGUAUCUUCUUGCCCUCCCUUUUUAUUUCUGUCUUUGGUUUUCUUUUUCAUUACACUUUUUUUAUCUAUUUUUUUUUUUUUAUUUUCCUGUUAUCAUUUGAAAUGUAUCUAUAUCCUUAAAAAUUCUUCAUUCACUGUCUUCCUCUCAUCUCCUAUUAUCAUCUGGGUUGCUCUGUAUUUUAUGUUGUUUUUCCCCUAUUUCUUCCCCAGUUAUUCUCAUCACUCUAAGCCCCACGCCCGCUCCAUCCCAGCGAGCAGGUACCGGACUACCCCUUACCUUUCUCUGAACUGCUCCUGGCCCAGCUAAUUGCCCCCCCACCUGGCCCUGUCACACCAUUAACAUGCAACCAUCUUUCACCUUUUCUUUCUUUCAAUGUUGUCGCCCCUCACCAUGUCCUUUCUGUAUUCAUUUUUCUUUCCCUUCUGACAUGCUUGGCACUGCUCUCCCACUUUUCCUCAGUCUCCAUGCAUGGAUUGGGAAAUACUGCAUGCCGCGUGGGCUCCGCAUGUAGGCUUUGUAUGGAGCAUGAACUCAGAAGAACCUAACACCAGGGAGGAUGGUUUUUGUUUUAUUUACUGCUGGAAGUCCGUGUGGGAGGAAAGAGCACAAGAUGAUGGUGAAAUUAGAUUAUUAAAAUCAAAGGUCAUAGAAAGGGACAACAUGGGAAUGCAUGACUUUAGUAGAACCGUAAAUGAAAUAUAUGGUUGUUUUUCAGGGUUAACUAACAUUUGAAUGAGAACCUAAAUAAACGCAUGGGUCUAUAUAGAUAUGGAUGCUUACAUUUUCUUGUCUGUCUCUCUUCAUCUCUUCUGCACACCACCUCUUCCCCACUUAUUUUAUUUUGUACAGCAUUACAGCUUCCCCUUGCCAGCGAUGGACCUCCUCGAUCGGAUGCUGCUCAACAUCAUACUGUCCCAAUGCCUGUCCGGCCAAGAACAAUGUUGGCACUGCCCCAACCCACCUACUUUACACAAAGAAGCCUGGAAAGGUGAGAUAUUUAUUCCAAACUGUGAUUGCAUGGCAUCUACUUGGUAUAGAGGUACCCAAAUGGUAGCACUCUAGCUGGUAUUAAUGUACUACUUCAUGAUUCUUCUUCAGAAUCUAAUCCGCCUGAUACCAUUUGUUGGUUUAGGGAACAGUAGGAGAUGUCCAUUUUGGCUACACCUGCUGGAUGUAUUUUCACAUUGUUUAAGAUGAUUGUAUACAUUUUUGAACUAUAACAAAAUAAAAUAAAGCUAACAAAUACAAAUGAAGCUGAACAAUUAAAGUGGCAGGCUUAGCACCACAACCACUAUAUUGCACAGGGAAUGCCUGCCUGCCAACGUCAAGGCAGACCCCCAUAAGCGGGUCCUAACAUUGACCCUUCAUGAGACAGAGGGGUAUUUUUUUACAUACACCCCUAUAUACUUAUUAACCCUUAAUAGGGAACACAUGGGAUGGGCGGCAGCAUUCUAACAAGGCUGUGUGAUAUAAAGUAAAUACAAAUACAAAAAGAGAAGUCCUGCGCUCACUCCCAUCACUACUGGGCCGGCAGCAAUAACUACAAUACACAUCAGCCCCAAUAUAUAGUAAAAACCAAAGAAAAGAAAAAGUUACCUCCGCUCUCUCCUUAAUCCCUAUGUAUAUUUUAUUAAGGAGAGAGCGACGGUAACUUUCUUUUCUUUGGUUUUUACUAUAUUCGGUUCAAGGGGGGUGGGAAUAGGGGGGCUUGAGUGUGGCUUUAAAACAAUAUGUUCAGAAACACAUGUUUGUUUUCCUGACCCUAUAGUGUUCGUAUUAAUGUGUAUACAUUGUAUGGAUCUUUAUCAAUGAUUUGUACUCUGUUUAAGUGUGUUGUUUUGUUUUGUUUUGUUUUUAUUUUUUUAUUGCAGCAGUGAAAUUGAUCAGAAACUUCAAGAAAUAAUUAAACAGACUGGCUUUCUCUUAAUUGGAGGGCAGGUAUGUUGAGGUUUUAUGGAUUUUCAUGUUAUCCGCAACCAUUUUUGGUCAUUUGAGCUCUGUCAGUAAAUGAAUAGUGUUUGUUGUAUCAGGGCAUCCCAUAAUUCAUGUGCUGCUAGUUAUUUGCUAACUACAUUAUAGUUUUAGGGUGAGGGAUCCUAUAUUAGUAAUUGAUAGGUUUGAAAUAUAGCUAUAAAUACAGGACAGCUAUAGAAUGAUGGAUCCUAUAGAGAGCAAUGAUGAGUAUAGGUAGUUUUAUGGUGAGUGGUCCUGUGAUAAAAGUAACAGCCUUUAAACAUGUUAUUAGGUUUAAAAAGUCAUAUAUUAUAUCAGAGAUUGUUACUAGCUAAUUUGGGGGAUCUUUUUUUCUGAUUUGUGUAAGUAAUAGGUAUGAAAGUCCUAGUAGACAUAUGACAGUAAGUGGUUGUUCUAAUAAAAGAGCAAAAUAAGGAUAAUUUUAGAUUGAGAUGUAUACAAUAAAGCAGUGAUACACACAGGACAUUCUAUACUGAAUGCAUACUUUUCUUACAACAGAAGUACCAGGCAGAUAUUAAUGAUUUAGAGAACUUGGGAGAGAUUGGAAGUGGAACAUGUGGUCAGGUCUGGAAGAUGCGCUUUAAGAAGACUGGACAUGUCAUUGCUGUGAAGGUGAGAGGCAAAUAAGUAAUGCUUAUUUAUUGGUAACCAACUCCAUCCUGUUACUAACUACUUUAUUCUGUGCCUCCCCUCUGACUAUUUAAAAUAUUUUUUGUCCUAGUGCUUCAUAAGAAUUGGUACUCACAUUUUAGGGGCCCAUUUUCAUCCUGUGACUGUUCUCAUUAUCUCUUAUUCAUCUUUGGUCUGCAUAUGCUGCUCUUAUGUUUUGUUUUGUUUUUUUUAAAAAUUGUUUUAACUUCUUAUUUUAUGUCUUCAUUCCUGCCAUCCUUUAUGUGGUCUUCCCUAUCUUAACCAAUUUUUCAGGAUUGAUUUUUAAUUGUGUAUUAUGGAGUUGUGUUAAAACUUAAGUUAUGUUCUUCUCAUUACUUGGUGGAUGCUCUUUGCCUAAAAGGAAGAUUAACUGCUCUGUAGGCUCUAAUAAUUGUAAAUGGCUGCUGUGGAUGCUCAGAAUUUUUACAAACUGUGAUAUUUUAUGUCUCUGAUUUUGUAUUUUAGCAAAUGCGUCGCUCAGGAAACAAGGAAGAGAAUAAGCGUAUCCUGAUGGAUUUGGAUGUCGUGCUAAAGAGUCACGAUUGUCCCUAUAUAGUGCAGUGUUAUGGCACCUUCAUCACAAAUGUAAGGGAUAACGUAAUGUGGCAGUUGUUGCUGGAUAUUGUCUUUUGUAAAUGUUCCAGAUUUUUCUGAUGCAGACUGUUCUCUACACACAUCUUCCUUUUUAUCCAAUGGAUAGCUUUACAUUUGUGCAUGCUAUGUAUUUAUUAUUUAUUAUUAUUAUUAUUAUUCCAACAGAUUCCGUAGCGCUUUACAAUAUUGUGAGAGGGGGGCUUUAACUAUAAAUAGGACAAUUACAAGAAAAUUUACAGCAACGAUAGGUUAAAGGGGACCCUGCUCAAAUUCGCUUACAGUCUAUAGGAGGUGGGGUAUAAAACACAAUAGGACAGGAAAUGGCAAUCGAAUAAGGUUGGAGUGAAGCAGAGCUGGAGGAGAGAGUAAAGUGCUGCCCUUUAGGAGAGCGCAAGAGACCGGUAUGUGAGCAGUGGCGUAACUACCACAGUUACAGGGGUCGCAGCUGCGACCGGACCCGUCACUUCAGGGGGCCCGGCCGCCCCUGCGACUGUGGGUUGCCAGCAGACCUUUAGGGCUGGCUUGGUCCGUGGUUGCAGGCUAACUGACAGGAGGGGAGCAAUGUACUGUGCUGCUCCCCUCCUGCAGCUGUGAGUAGCGUGGCUGAGCGGUCUGACAGGAAGUGCUCACUGAGAGGUACCGUGAUCACAGCAAACAGGUAAGUGGGAAUGGGGAGUCUGCAGCAGGGGAAGAGGGGGGGGUCUGCAAGGGAUGGGGGUGUAUGCAGGGAAAGGGGAGACUGGAGAAAUGGGGGUCAUGGGAGACUGGAGAAAUAUGGGGAGUCAUGGGGAGUCAUGGGGAUUGGAAAUAUGGGGGAGUCAUGGGGAACUGGAGAAAUAUGGGGAGCUGGGGAACUGAGAAAUAUGGGGAGUCAUGGGGAACUGGAGAAACAUGGGGAAUGGGGGAACUGGAGAAAUAUGGGGGAGUCAUGGGGGAACUGGAGAAAUAUGGGGGAGUCAUGGGGAACUGGAGAAAUAUGGGGGGAGUCAUGGGGAACUGGAGAAAUAUGGGGAGUCAUGGGGGGAACUGGAGAAAUAUGGGGAGUCAUGGGGAACUGAGAAAUAUGGGGGGAGGAUUGAGAAAUAUGGGGAGUCAUGGGGGAACUGAGAAAUAUGGGGGAGUCAUGGGGAACUGAGAAACAUGGGGAGUCAUGGGGGAACUGGAGAAAUAUGGGGGGACUGGAGAAAUAUGGGGAGUCAUGGGGGAACUGGAGAAAUAUGGGGGAAGAAGACACAUGGAGCGGUUUGUAGGUUAAAUGAGACAUGUGGAGGGGCUUGGGAGGAGUCAAUGUUACACAUAGAGGGGCGGGGGGAGAGGAUGCGACACAUGGGGAAAUGAGACACAUCGAGGGGGGCCUGAGUUAGAGGUUACUCUGGGAGGCCAUAUGAUUUCCUAAAGAGAUGUGUUUUAAGGCACUUCUUAAACGAUUGAAGACUAGGGGAGAGUCUGAUGGCAGUAGGCAGGCUAUUCCAUAGGAAGGGAGCCGUCUGGGAGAAGUCCUGCAAGCGUGAGUUGGCCGUACGGGUGCACGAAGCAGAGGGGAGAAGGUCACGGGCAGAGCGGAGAGACCGAGAAGGGGCAUACCUAUGGAUCUGUUAAGAGAUAUGAGAGGGACUAGAAUUGUUUAGUGUUCUAUAGGUAUGGGUUAGCACUUUGAAUUGACUCCUAUUGGAUACAGGAAGCCAAUGUAAGGACUGGCACAGGGAUGAAGUGUGAGAGGACCGACUAGAGAGGAAAAUCAGUCUGGCGGCAGUAUUCGUUACAGACUGUAGCAGGGUAAUACGUUUUUUGGGAAGACCAAUCAGGAGAGGGUUAAAAUAAUCCAUGCGGGAAAUUACUAGAGCAUGGACAAGCUCAUUGGUAGCAUCUUGCGUAAGAAAGGGGCGGAUGCGGGCUAUGUUUUUAAGAUGGAAUCAAGUAUGAUGCCAAGACAAUGCACUUCCAAGGAUGUGGAUACCACUAACUUGAAGGGAGAGUGAAAAGAGUAGGAUCAGUUUUAAGAAGAGGAAAGACAAGGAGCUCUGUUUUAAAGAGAUUGAGUUUCAGAAAACAAAAGGAUAUCCAGUCAGGGAUGGAAGAAAGGCAAGCAGUGACAUCUUUAUCUACUUGUUCAUAUAUGUUUCUGCCUGUUAACUGCCCAUCCUUCGUAAUUAGGGCUGCCCAGUGACCAUUGUUUUCUCCUGAAUUUGCAGACGGAUGUGUUCAUUGCAAUGGAACUUAUGGGGACGUGUGCAGAAAAACUAAAGAAAAGGAUUCAGGGACCCAUCCCAGAAAGUAUUUUGGGAAAGAUGACUGUGGCAGUAAGUGCAUUAUUGUUUUGUGUUUUUUUUUUUUUUUUUGUUUUUUCAGAAUUAAUUACCUAGAAAAUGUUCAGACUGUUAUUUGAGUGAGAAUUGUUGUGAAUUCAAAGUGAAUUUCCGGUUUAAUUGAAACGUUUUUGAAAUGGCAGCAUAGCCAUUUUGUUUGUUUUUUUUACACCUGUCUUGGCUAUUUUUUGCCUUAAAAUGUUAAUUUACUUGCAAUUCCUGACAUUUCUCAAAUUGGUGAAUGAUCCAGUGUGUAAAGGGUUGUCGUUUUAACAGGGGUUGCUUUAGUGGAUAAAGAGUGCAGUGUGUCAAAAAAAGCUAUAUGAGGAUGAAAGUACAGGAAGAACCUAGCCCUAGAAGUGUGUGUGUGUGUGUGUAUAUAUAUAUAUAUAUAUAUAUAUAUAUAUAUAUAUAUAUAUAUAUAUAUAUAUAUAUAUAUAUAUAUAUAUAUAUAUAUAUAUAUAUAUAAUAUAAUCUUUUUUUAUUUAUUUAUUUUGCUUUGUUUCCUUAGAUAGUGAAUGCACUGUAUUACCUGAAGGAGAAGCACGGAGUAAUUCACAGGGAUGUUAAGCCCUCAAACAUCCUGCUUGAUGCAAAUGGGCAGAUCAAACUUUGUGACUUUGGAAUCAGCGGGCGUCUUGUAGAUUCAAAAGCCAAAACCAGGAGUGCUGGUUGUGCUGCAUAUAUGGCGGUGAGAUAUGCUGCAUAUUCUGCUACUUUAUAUUUGGUUGGCGAAGGGAGAGCAACAUUUCUUACUAAUGAAUUAGCUUCAGAGAAUGUGAUAGAGAGACGAUAAACACUUAAGUAGACUUAUAGGUCUGUUAAUGUAGAAAAUGACAGGGUCUGUAAUCUGUGAUAAUAUACAAAUAGACUACUGCUCAUUAUAAGAAUACUAGAAAAUACUGUCUGUAUUCAUUAUAUUCUUUCCAAGAAAGCGAUAAUUUCACUGAUGGCAUCCUGUACAUAUUUAUUUAAGAACUACGAAGAUAUGCUUAAAUGGUGUACAUGAAAUCACAAAUGUCCUUGUUCGUAACAUUCUUGAUGAAACGGCAGAAAAGUUAGGAAUAGACACACAGAACAAAAUUCAAAGUAUAAAAAUGUAUAGAGAUUGUGUAAAGUGUGCCAGAAGGGGUGAAUAUCUUGAGGGAGAAAAGGGGGAUUUCUAUAGGAUAUGGCAAUGUUCUGAGUUUUCUACCUCUAUUCCUUAGCCAGAACGAAUUGAUCCUCCAGAUCCAACCAAGCCAGAUUAUGAUAUUCGUGCAGAUGUUUGGAGUCUAGGAAUCUCACUGGUGAGAAUUUAUAGGUCAUUAUUUCUGGAGUGCAUUGUUCUAGUCAAAUAUCAUUACAGAUGAAGAGGUUCUAUUUCAACUGUCAAAAGUAAAGACAAAACUGUCAAUGGGGCCUGAUGGAAUACACCCAAAGUUAUUAAAAGAGUUUAGUGAUGUACUUGCAAAACCAUUAACUGAUUUAUUGAACCAAUCAUUAACAGGAGUAGUCCCAGAAGAUUGGAAGUUAGCAAAUGUUGUGCCCAUUCACAAGAAAGGUAGUAGGGAGGAGUUGGGCAACUAUAGGCCAGUAAGCCUUACUUCAGUAGUGGGUAAAGUAAUGGAAACCAUGUUAAAGGAUAGGAUUGUUGAACAUCUAAAAACACGUGGAUUUCAAGAUCAGAGACAACAUGGGUUUACUUCAGGGAGAUCAUGCCAAACUAAUCUUAUUUAUUUAUUUAUUUAUUUUUGAUUGGGUAACUAAAAUUAUAGAUCAGGGUGGUGCAGUAGACAUUGCUUACCUAGAUUUCAGUAAGGCUUUGACACUGUCACACAGAAGGCUUAUCAAUAAACUGCAAUCUUUAAGUUUGGAUUCCAAUAUUGUUGAAUGGGUAAGGCAGUGGCUGAGUGACAGGCAACAGAGGGUUGCCGUCAAUGGAGUAUAUUCGAAGCAUGGGCUUGUCACCAGUGGGGUACCUCAGGGAUCUGUUUUUGGACCCAUUCUCUUUAAUUAUUUUAUUAGUGAUAUUGCUGAUGAUACUAAGAUAUGUAACAGGGUUGAUGUAUUGAGGUAUUAACAGUAGAAAGAGAGAAGUGCUCAUGCCACUGUACAGAACACUGAGACCUCACUUGGUGUAUUGUAUGCAGUUCUGGAGACUGUAUCUCCAGAAGGAUAUUGAUACUUUAGAGAGAGUUCAGAGAAUGGCUACUAAACUGGUUCAUAGAUUGCAGGAUAAAACUUACAAGGAAAGGUUAAAGGAUCUUCACAUGUAUAGCUUGGAGGAAAGUCGAGACAGGGGGGAUAUGAAAGAAACAUUCAAAUACAUAAAUCUAAUCAACACAGUAAAGGGGGAGACUAUAUUUAAAAGAAGAAAAACUACCACAACAAGAGGACAAGAGUCUUAAAUUAGAGGGUAAAAGGUUUAAAAAUAUCAUGAAGUAUUACUUUAUUGAGUGGGUGGGUAGUGGAUGCAUGGAAAAACCUUCCAGCUGAAGUGGUAGAGGUUAUCACAGUGAAGGAGUUUAAGCAUGCGUGGGAUAGGCGUAAGGCUAUCCUAGAUAUAAGAUAAGGCCAGGGACUAAUUAAAAGUAUUUAGAAAAUUCGGCAGACUAGAUGGGUCGAAUGGUUCUUAUCUGCCGUCACAUUCUGUUUCUAUCAUGUUCCUGUACCUCCCAACAAUUUUCGGGAAUCUAGUAUCCCACACAUCCCAGUGAAAUUGCACCUUCUCUUCAUCCUCCCCCUUUCAAUCAAUAUUCACUUUUCACAUUUCUCCCCUCCCCCAUCCCUUUUCUUAGGUUGAGUUAGCUACGGGGCAGUUUCCUUACAAGAACUGUAAAACUGAUUUUGAGGUUCUUACCAAAGUCCUCCAAGAAGAACCUCCUGUCCUCCCUCACAAUAUGGGCUUCUCACCUCUAUUCCAGUCUUUUGUUAAGGACUGGUAAGUAUCACCACCAUACAAAGGAGAAUGGUCAUGUGAGACAGCAUGUUUGUGGGUUUUUGGGGGGGAAGGGUGGGGUGGGUUUAGGAGAAACUGUGAAAUUGCAUAUAAAAUAUAUAUAUUUAUUUUUUUAAAUUUUAUUUUUUUAAUUGCUCCAUUGUGUUUUGUAAUCUUGGUGUGUCUGCUUUCUUUGCAGCCUUACUAAAGAUCAUAGAAAGAGGCCAAAGUAUAAUAAGCUGCUGGUAAGUAAGGUGUGUGGGGAAAGUGAGUCCGGCAUGGAGGGAUGUAAGCAUACUGUAAAAGUAUUGUCACUAAAGAAAGAUAAAUAUAUGCUUUAUAGCCACUGAGGGCAGUACAGUCUCUCAUAUAAGGUGAUACUAUCUAAUGUAAUUGCCCACAACAUGAGCUGGUAGCCCAAUUCUGACAAGUUAGUUCAUGAACCAAGAAAUGUUUUUUUAAUUUUGUUGCAUAAGCAGAGUAGUCAGUAUAUAGUCUACAAAUAUAGUACAUGUAAGUAGGUGUCUUCUAAAAUGUUUUGAAAAAAAAAAUAUAUAUAUAUAUAUAUAUAUUUGUUAGAUUUUGUAAAAAAAAAAAAAAAUGUAAUUUAAAUGUGUUUUUUUUUUUUUUCUCACCCCAUCUGCAUUGUUACAGGAACAUCCUUUUAUACGUCAGUACGAGAUUCAGGCUGUAGAUGUAGCCACGUGGUUUCAGGAUGUCAUGGCUCAGACAGAGUCUCCCAGGAGCAGUACUAUCCUCAGCCCCCAAAACUUGCCUUUUUUCAGGUAGCAUCCAGCCUGGGAGGGAAGGAAUGACCUCUCCCCAUUUUAACCUGGAUACACAGCUUUGAGACUCAAAAGAGGACAAUCAUGUGUUUUGGGAGUGCUCAUGAACAUUUCCUCACCACUUGUUGAAUUGGAAAAUCAUCCACUGUCGCCUUGUCCUGAGCCUAGCUACCACAUAAUAUAGGUAGACCCCUAUAUUGUGACAUGGUGUCUUCAUUGAGGCGUUGACUACCUUUGGGAUAGAAUCUGUUCCUAAGUGGCCUCCUCUGUAUAAAGACUCUACAUCAGAGUUUGAAGCUUCCUUCUGGAGUCAUGUCUACUGUUGACUCAAGUUGAAACACACAAAUUUGAAAUCUAAUUGCUAAAUGAUCACCUCCUUUACCAAGCAGUUUCUUUUCAAACUGAGGUAUGCUGUUUCUUCUGUAGACUAAAUAAUUAUUAUUUUUUAUUUUUUUUAAAUGCUGAUUCUGAAGAUUAUUUUGGAUUAGUUGUAUGGAUUGGUGACCGAUGCAAGGAGUCCUUUCCUAAUUAUUUACUGCUUUUGGGUGGAUAAGACCGUUAACAUAAUUGGAAAACCACUGUUAGUGUAUGGACUGACUUAUCAAGUGUCUUUUUCAUUACGUUGACCCAUCUCACCAGCACCUUCUGAGGGAGGAUCCAUGAAUGAUGUAAAUUGUUUUGAUCUUGUGGGCAGUAGUCUAUUUAUUUUUUUUUUAUUAUUUUUGUGUUUGCUGAUUUUGUUCAGAUAAUGAAAUCAACCCAUGAAACUAUCUGCAAAAGCAAACGUUCUUUGGUUCUCUUAAAGUCCUUGAUAUGCUGUACUUGGGCGGGCAAUGUAAAAAUAUAACACAAUGGUGCUUCUCACUCCGGACAUCAGGAUCAUUCAUAUUUAUUUUUUUUACUCCUCUUGCACAGAUUAUUUUUAUUCCUUGAAGUUAUCAAGUUAAAAAAAAGCAAACGCUUGUCACACUUUUAGUGAUUGAAAACCGCAUGAGAUUUUAUUUUUUUUCCCCUAACCUAGAGAAGAACAAAUGAAGAUUGGAUGGAAGACUGGAUUCAUAUUCAGUAGUAUAUUCUAUAUAUGCUUUGCAAGAGGAGAUGUCCACAAGAUAUCUUACUCCACCCUCCAUGCUUCAAAUUGAGGUUGGGAGUGGGAGGCUGCUAAAGCUUGUCAUUUUAAUCUACAGGUGCAUCAUCUCACUCUGGUGGAUGGGUUCAACACAAUUUUAAACCUACUGGUCAAUCUUCUGCAAAGACUGGGAGAGAGAAUUCUAAAUAUUUUAGGGUGUCCAUCUUAACAAGUGUAAUUUCUUCAUGCUGGGACUAAGUAUGGAUUUGGAUAUAACAACCCAUUUCUCCAGCUGGGGAUUUCACAACUUUGACUAAAACUUUGGUGGGGUGUGGGGGAGGAGAGAGAGCUGUUGGAUAUAAUAUAUAAAAAAAAAAAAAAUUAAACCUCAGCUUAGACUCAUUUUGUAACUCCACAGAGACAAGCAAAACACUUGUUGGAUACUGCUAUGUUUGUGAAAUGGAAGGUUCUUUUACUGAAUCAACAGCACAGGUCUGUGUAUAGUGAGGAAGCCAGUAAGUGAGCAUGGUGCAAGAAACAAUGCUGUUCUUGGAGGCUGGUGCAGCAAAGAAAGGUUAAACGCAUGUGGAAGGCCGAAGGAUAAGUGGAUGUUGGCAAAGAAAAGACAUUAGACGUGGAUUGUUCCAAAAGUCUAAUGCAGCAAAGUAUUAGCAACGCAAUGCUGUGCUAAUCAGCAGAACUUCAUAAAUGGGUCUAUAGAUGCAGUUUUAAUGCAUUAUCCGUUAAUGUCAAAUCAAUAUGUGACUGCCCCCUUCUUGUGUAGUUGUGGGGCCAGGGGUUAUUGAAUGGGUGGGGGGGUCUUAACAUGACUGUACCAAAGCUACAUGGUGGAAUGGGGGAUUACAGGGGCGGGUUUCCCACCGGUUUUAACGUCUGUAAUUAUAUAACUGCCGCAGGGCAGCAGACACAUUUACUAUUCUGCUUUGUAGUGUGGGUGUGCGUAUGUAUGUAUGUGUGUUUCCCGCUUUUUAUUUAUUUUUAUUUUUUUUCUUCCCUCUUACCCUUCAUCUGCUUCAGUAUAUCCUCUACUAUUCCUGUUGCAUGGUGUCCGGCUGGCUCCCCUGUGGAAGGGCCAUAUUUGAAAUAAACUCUCUGCUACAACACUCUCUGUCUGCAAUUAAUGUGAUCAAACAAAAGGAGCUGAUCCUAGUGAGCAUGUUAUUUGAGAGGGGGUGUUCAUAUAUGUACUGUGGUAACAAAUUGCUAGAAUAUGUGAUUGACUGACUGGUUUUACAAUAUUACCCUUUGACUGCUCCCCCCUGUCUUGGACGUCUGCAGGAGUCUAUCCAACGCUUGAGAACAAUUUUUCAAAGCCUCCUUACACCAUUGAUUGUCUUUUUAAUUAUGGGUAUAUGUAGUCCAGUGAUGGAACAGAUAUUUUGAACUUAAAGGGAUCCUAUAGUGCCAGGGAAAAAUGAAAUCCUUUUUCCUGUCACCAUAGGUUUAAUAGGUGUGCCCCCCUCCUGCAGGGGUUAAGGGGUUAAAACCCCUUCAGCCACUUACCUGAAUCCAGCGCUGAUGUCACUCAACGCUGGGUCAGGCUCCGCCCACACUCCUCCCCCACUGACAGCUGGCGGGGGAGACCUAAUGCGCAUGCAUUAGACCU